CUCCUCCAACAUCCCAUAAUCCUUCGCCUCCUCCUCACAGGGUCUAUCAAUAGAGCGCCGAGCCGUUCACAAAGGGCCGUGGGCUAGUUCCGCCUUCCUCUCCAGCUCAGGAUGAAAAGCGAGUAUGCAAACGUGGCCCCAUGAGUUUUGUCCACUUUGGGUCGACGUAGCAGAAGCAGCCUCACACAGCAUUCUGGGUAGAAGUUUCGAAGGGAGGAUGAUCGGAAUGAACAAGACAUCUUUGACUUAGAGGCACAUUCCCCCUGCGAGACCAUCCUAUGAUUUUAUUUUAAUUUUUGGUUUAUUUACUUUUAACUUUUACCUUCACGAGACUUUGAUCCCACAAUGGCCAGUUUAGUCAACAAAGACUCUUACCUGCAGAAAUUGGCCAAGAAAAUUUGCACCCAGGAAGCCCCCGAGCCACGAAAAAGGAAAUUUGGAACUGGACUGGGAGACGAUAGCACCCAGCCAAAGAAGAAGAGGAAGAAGAAACAGAAGAAGCAAGGCAAGAUAGUGGGCACCUCUCUGGGCAAGCAGACAGCACCUGGGGGCAGCCAAGCAUCACCAGCCAAGCCAACAAAUGCCAGUAUUCAGAAAUCUGGCACAGUUAUCCAUGCUGCACCCAGUUCCAGUGGAUCUCAGAAUACUGGGGGGAAAGGGGACAGAAGCCAAAACGAUGUUGCAGGUGGUGACAAGAGCACAGCCGGCUCAUUUUCAGCCAUGAAUCUCUUGCGGCAGAGACUGCACGAGAAGAUCCAAGAAAUCUCUGGCCAGGGAAACAGCAAAGAGUUGUCCCCAGCAGUGUUGGAGAAGAGGCAACGAAGGAAAUACGAGAAGGAGAGAAAGAAACGCCGUAGAAAAGAGUUGAGGAUGAAAGAAAAAAUGGAGAAGAAGGAGGCAGAGGAGGCUUCAGCAGCCAUUUCAGAGCCCCAGGCCCCAAAGAAUGACACCAAGGUCGAGAUCGUCUUCAAUAAGGUUGAAGUCCAUGAGGAAGGGCUUAGCAAAGCGGAAAAGAGGAAGGCGCUGAAAGGCAACAUUACUCCACUGACAGGGAAGAAUUACAAGCAACUCCUGAGCAGAUUGGAAUCUCGGAAGAGUAAGCUGGAAGAUCUGAAAGACAAGGAUGAGGGGAAAGCCAAGGAGCUGGAGGUGAAGAUGAAGUGGACAAAUGUCCUGUACAAGGCAGAAGGGGUCAAAAUCCGCGAUGACGAGGACCGGCUGAAGGCGGCCCUGAAGCGGAAGGAGAAGCGCAAGGCCCAGCGCCAGAGGCAGUGGGAGAAGCGGACUGAAAACGUAGUGAUCAAAAUGCAGCAGCGGCAAGACAAGCGCCGCAAGAACCUCCAGAAGAAAAAGAUAGCCAAGGUGGAGAAGAAGAAAGCCAAGGCUCGCAAAAAGGGUCGCAUCCUGCCCGAAGACCUGGGCAAAGCCAAAAUUAAAUGAAUCAGGCUAGUGGACCAUUGGAACCCACUCCAAGGCAGGUGCUCACAGGGCUCAUUAAUAAAAGCUAUUUUGUGGUGGAA